UGGAGUGGAAGCCAAGCAGCCCAACUCUGCCAUCAGGAAGUGUGUCAGGGUUCAGCUGAUCAAGAAUGGCAAGAAAAUCACAGCCUUUGUCCCCAAUGAUGGUUGCCUCAACUUCAUCGAGGAGAACGACGAAGUCUUGGUGGCAGGGUUCGGUCGGAAGGGCCAUGCGGUCGGGGACAUCCCUGGAGUGAGAUUCAAGGUGGUCAAAGUGGCCAAUGUGUCCCUGUUGGCCUUGUACAAGGGCAAGAAGGAGAGACCCAGGUCGUGA